CUUCAAGAUGAAUACUACAGAAAUCAAUUCAUUCACCAUGACUCCAUUAGGUUUUAUACCAGAUUUCAAAAAUGCCACCCUUGUACCUGUCAAUGAGACUGCGUGUGAAAACUGGAGUGAGGUUCAUCAUCUGGUUUUUCAUGUGGCAAAUAUUUGUUUUGCAGUUGGAUUGGUUAUUCCAACCACUUUGAAUUUCCAUAUGAUUUUCCUGCGAGGCUUGCUUGCUAUGGGAUGUGUACUUUUUAUCAUCUGGGCUAUGCUGUACCGUUGUGCCUUGGAUAUAAUGAUCUGGAAUUCGGUGUUCUUGGUUCUUAACUUCUUGCAUUUUGUAUAUUUACUGUACAAGAGAAGACCGAUCAAGAUAGAGAAGGAGUUCAGUAGUCUGUACAAGAGAAUGUUUGAACCACUCCAUGUACCUCCAGAACUGUUCAAGAGAUUAACUGGACAAUUCUGCAACAUUCAGACUUUAAAAACAGGUCAAGCAUAUGCUGCAGAGGACAAAACUUCAGUUGAUGAUAGACUAAGUAUCCUGCUAAAGGGAAAAAUGAAGGUCUCCUAUCGAGGGCAUUUUCUGCAUAAUAUUUACCCCUGUGCCUUUAUAGAUUCUCCUGAAUUUCGAUCAACUCAGAUGAACCGGGGUGAGAAAUUCCAGGUCACCAUUACUGCAGAUGACAACUGUAAGUUUCUGUGCUGGUCCAGGGAACGACUGACUUACUUUCUGGAAUCUGAACCAUUCCUAUAUGAAAUAUUUAGAUAUCUUAUUGGUAAAGAUAUUACAAACAAACUCUACUCAUUGAAUGAUCCAACACUAAAUGAUAAGACUUCCAAAAAACUGGAGCAGCAGCCCAGCCUUUGCUCACAGCUCUCAGUGAUGCAGAUGAGAAACAGCAUGGCUAGUUCCAGUGACAGUGAAGAUGGCUUGCAGCAGUUUCUUCGUGGAUCUUCCACUGCUUCCUCUCUUCGCCGCACAUCUCCUUAUAUGAGAACUUCGGCAAAAAUGAAACCAAUAGAAGAAAGUGGUGAAGAUGAUGUCUUUGAACUACCCUCUGCUGUUAAGCCUGAAGUUCAGUGACUGCCUUGAAUAGACGGUCUCGAACAUCCAGGGACGCUGUAGACAUGGCAAAAGCAAGAAGCUUAUUUUGAUGGAAUUCUGAAAACUAUCAGCACCCUUUACUUUCAGAGAAUUAUACCACAAUAUACCUGUGUUAGUGGCUUCUAGAUAAAGAUGCCAAGUUUUAUUUAUUCUCCUUAAAAAAAAAGGCAUAGAUUGUAGUUUUAGUUAUUGGCCAGGAUUCUGAAUGGUUGUUUUUUUACUUUGGCUCUCUCUCAAGUUAAAUUCAGUUUUAAGCAACAGACUAGUCUGAAAUUUUAUUCGCUUAUUGAGUAGCAUUUUCAAAAUCAGCCAAGUCCCAUUUUUCUAAGCCACUUAGGAGCCUAAGUCCCACCGAAAGUGAAUGGGAAUGUUUGAAAAUUUGACCCAAUAUCAUUUGUACCCAACACCAUAGUUAUUAAUUUUGUAAUUUCAAAAUGAAGUUAAUACAUAUAGUUUUUUGUGUCUGCAUGAAUGUGUGUGCUUAUAUUUUAGACAGAGAAAACCAUUUUAAAAGAACAUUAAAGUUGCAAAGUUAAGCACUCAAAAGUUAGGAAAGGCCAGAAUUAAGUUUCCCAUGCAACCUAUAUUUGGCCCCUUUAUGUGUAUGCAUUAUGAUGCAAUUUUUAAUUACAUGAUCACAUUCUGUUUCCCACAAGAGUUUGGCAAAAUGUAUAGAUUUCACACAAAGGCCAUCCUUCUGCCAAAUUUCAAGUCUCUGCUCUAAUGCAUGGGGAUUCUAAAGCAUCUUAAAAAAAAAUCACUAGAAUUUUAAACAUGGCCAAAAUAAUGUAUUUUUCCCUAGUUUUGUUCUUGGAAACAGCUGCACCGUUUUGGCUAAAGUUUUCCAAAGUAGUUCUCCUGAGGGAGACACCUAGUAUGGGAAAUUUCAACCCAAAGAGUUAUAGUUUGGCCAAAUUAUAAGUAGCUGAAAAAAGGAUCUCUCAUAAUGGAAAGUGUUGGGCAGCCUUAAUAAUAGGUGGCACUACCAGCUCCACCUAUAGUGUGAGCACAUGAAUAAAUAAAAUCAAUGUAUUUGUCACACAGUAAUAAACUGUAUUCAUCGUCAAAGAGCAUAAUGGCAGAUACAGCAGUCUAUGUAACAAUUGAAGAUGACAGAAUGUGGAGACUAGAAUAUGACAAAUAAUGAGAUUGGAUAACAGUCGGAAUCUGGCUUAAACUUACUCUGUGCAUUUUACUGUGAUCAUCGUCCUAGUAUUGGCAGUGAAGUUAAGCCUAAGAGUGUCCUUGAAUCAGCCUGUGCCUAUGGUAUAUCAUGUUUUUACACUGUUCUGAAGCUCUUGCAAUGCCAAAGCACACCACUUGUUUUUGUGGUUUUAAAUUCAAUUUUUAAUGCUACUUCAGUGUGUCUACUUUGUGGUUUUUGUUUUGUGCAUAUUAAAAAUUCUCAUUGAAGUGAGCCAUAGUUACCAGUUUAUGUAAAUAUACGUUAAAUACAUUUUACAUCUCAUCAUGUAUGCAGUAAAUCACGCUGACUCCUUUUGGAGUGGAGAUAAUUUACCAUAUAAAUUCACUGUUUGAAUUUUGUAAAAAACCUUUAUUUACCUUGUAGACAAUAAGAGCUCCUUUUGGAGCCAUUGCCAUCUCUUGUAUAAUACUUAAACCAGUUAUAAAGAUACAGAUCUGAUAAAAUCACCAUUGCUAGGUAUAAGAUCAAUGAGUGUUGUGUGGUACUAGCACAGGGGUUGGCAACCUCUGGCAUGUGACUCGCCAGGGUAAGCACCCUGGCAGGCCGGGCCAGUUUGUUUACCUGCCGUGUUGGCAGGUUCGGCUGAUCGCAGCUCCCACUGGCCGCAGUUCACCGCUCCAGGCCAAGGGGCUGCAGGAAGCGGUGCAGGAUGAGGGAUGUGCUGGCUGUGGCUUCCCACAGCCCCCAUUGGCCUGGAGCAGCGAGCCACAGCCAGUGGGAGCCAUGAUCGGCCGAACCUGCCAAUGUGGCAGGUAAACAAAGUGGCCCGGCCCGCCAAGGUGCUUACCCUGGCGAGCCAUGUGCCAGAGGUUGCUGACCCCUGUACUAGCAAUAUCAGCAAUCAAGACAAACUUAAAGACAUGAAAAACGUUAUGCCAGUUUUAUGGUAGCUUAUUGUCAAAUGUCAAUAACUGGACAGCAUUACCUUCUUAAAAGAAAAUACUGUAGAUAGCCAGAGGACUUGAUAUAUGUUAGGGACAAGACUGCAACAUUUAUUUUCUAAACAAUAAAAAUGUGUGAGUUAAAGGAGCAUUUGAAAUUUGUAACUCCUAAAUUUUUGCACUUAUACUAAGUCGGGAGGAUUGGGUGGGGAUUAGGUUAUUUUGGUGUAUAGAAAUUACUAAAAAAAAAGUUUGUCUAGCACGAACUUUUAUAGGAAGUUUUCAGAGAAGAGUUUGGGUGGAAAUGCUGCUAGAGACUCUUUAAUUACAGCAGGGAUGGUGCACCGAAAAUGAAUAUGAAUGAUCUCAAGAAUUUGACGGUAUCCAGAACUUUGAUGUUCUUAGCUUAAAAUACAGCCAGUCUCAAUAAACACAAAUA